AUGCUACACGCUAGGUCCACUACCGGGACUGUCGGCGGCGCAGUAGCACAAGUAUCCAACUACCAGUUCUACGCCGGCGUCGAAGAACGGGCUAGUAUGGAGAGGCUGGUCAGCCUCUCAGAUGAGCCAACCCCCCUCCCUUCCCCCCCCUUCAAGAGUCUCCCUGGAUCCGUCAUCACUACCUGGGCAAUGGAAGGACCUCCACCUGCGCCAGGCUUUGGCCAGCCGGAUGUCAAUCACAAUGUCGCCAUCAACAGUGCUGUGGCGGUGACUACCUGCGUCGCCCUCCUUGCUGUUGGUGUGAGGAUGUGGGUUCGGAUUUCCAUGGUUCGCUCGGUGGGAUGGGACGAUUACUGGAUUCUUGCCGCGAUGGCUCUGUCAUUCUCGGGUUGGAUGGUGACAAUUCCUUCUGUCACUUACGGUGCUGGGCGUCAUACCUUCUAUAUCCUCCAGGCCGUGGGGCCGGAAAAGAUGAAGACUGGACUGAAGCUCAAUUUCGCGGCCCAAAUCAUCUACGUCUUUGCGAUCGCUGCUAUCAAAGUCAGCAUUGGACUGUUCUUGCUUCGCUUUACUUCCUCGAAGGCUUACAAAAUACUCAUCUACUCCAUUCUUGGCUUUUUGGCGUUCUAUACAAUUGCUGGAACGGCAUCGUUGAUGGCACAAUGCACACCGUUCGACGCUCACUUUGAUUUCACUAUCCCGGGGGCAGUUUGUUACCCAGUAAAGGUGUCGCAAGCCUUGGCAUAUACCAAUGCAGCCUGUGGAAUCUUCACCGAUGUCGUCUUCGCCCUCUUGCCUAUUCCGCUACUCUGGAAGUUGCAGAUAAAUAGGCGUGUCAAGACCUCAAUUGUUGGCAUCCUGUCGCUCGGUAUCUUUGCCGCAACUGCUUCCGUAGUUAAGACGUAUUACGUGACCAGCUAUGGAAAAUUUGGAGAUUUCCUCUGGGACAGCACAUACCUCACGAUCUGGAUGACAACUGAAUGCAACGUGGGAAUUCUCGCGGCGUCUAUCCCGGCUAUGAAGCCUCUCUUCAAGGUCGUUCUCGGCUCAACCUACGGUACCGGCUACCUGGGAGGACCAAAUUCCCGGUACAACAAAGGGUAUGCACAACAUGCUUCGACUGGGCGCAACACGGAGGGGGAUGGCGGUUUUAACUUCGAGCUGCGCGAAAACCAGAACUCUACUGCAAUUACGACUCAAGAGCGAAGGGGCCGGGAUAAGUUCGACCCAGACAACAUUUCCGAAGACAGCAUUCUGCCUCUACAAUCAAAUUCUACGCUCGACCAGAAGGGAAUCAUGAAGACGACGCAGGUGUUUAUCCAGACGGAUGAUACGAAGCCGAGGAGCAUCGAGGAUCGGGUCUAG